AUGCUCGAGGGCUGCCGAAGCCCCGGCGCCUCCAACGCUGCCACAGGGGACUUCUUCACCGUGGGCGAGGGAUCCCACAAGGUCUCCUCGACGGUGAUUUCAGCAUCCAGUCGUCGAUUGCCUCAGGUUGACAUGGAUGAUGCCCACCAAGUGUCCAAGUGUUUGCUGAAAUGCCCUCAAGAGGUGGAGUUUUUUUUUUCAGAGGUGACAAUGUAUAUGUCAUUAUGGAUCCUGCGGGAAUUGCAUGCUCAUUUGAUAACUCAGCCAAUGCAGGUGUUUGCGUAUUUGCUGCGGCGUUCAAAUCCUGAAGGUGAAAUCACAGUACAAAAAUGCGAAGAAUUCCUAUCUCAGGCGUCAUCCAUAUCUGAUGAAGAUUACGAAGAUUUUUUGGUCACCAUAUCUGAGUCAAUGGCAAAAAAGAUCACUGAUCAAGAGACAUACCUAAAGAACAAUUGGACAGUCGUUUUACAACCAUUUGUCUUUGUAAGUAAAGAGAGCUAUGCGCCAGAUGAAAAUCAUAGUGCAAGUCAUAGCUUGGAUGGUAACGAAGAAACAGGUACUCUGUGGAUCUCCGACUUCUUGCAAACAUCUACAAGAGGUGGGCGUGAGCUCCGCCGCAACCUCGCCCUCUCCUUCCCGGCGCCGGCAAGCCACAGGCGAGAGGAAGAGCUGCUACGAGAGGAUAUCAGUUCCCUCCAAAUGAUAGAGCCCUUUAGUUUUAUCGUAGCGUUAGCACGGACACACUACUCGGCAAUCAACAAGUCCGAUUCUUUUGAUAUAGUUCCUCCAAAUGAUAGAGCCCUUCGAUACUUCUUGUUUUAUAUAAACCACAGAGAUGAGUAUGUAUAG